GCCUUUCUUAGACUAACAUCAAACAUUCAAAUAUCCGUGCUUUGCCAGUGACAUGGGACAUAGUAGUCACGGUGGACUUUUCAUUCGCAGCGACAGACGGCAACAAACACGCCAAGGAAAGGAAAUAUCACAGUCAAAUAUGAACCGAAUAUGCUACCUUCACUUUUCGGAUGGUUUGAACUUUUAUCCGUGAAUUGUUGAUACUACAGCGAAAGGGUGCCCACACCUUCAGUUAGCGCGACAGCUUCACUGUCCAGUUGGCCAGAUGGGAUGCCAAUGCUGUAAGAUGAUUAAAAGAAAUAGGGACCCGGCAGAGGGCUCUCUCUACCAGCCCCACCACCUCCCAGCAGACGGCGGAGACCAGUCCAACAACAAGCAGAAGCAGGACUUUCACAACCUGGGCUUCAGCAACAGCAACAAGUACAACGAUGGAGAAGAUGGAGGACGAGGCCUUAAGCUGGAGAUCGACAACAACCAGAUCAACAGGCUUCACGCCGUGCCCGCCAACCCAGAGAGGGGGCAGGGGAGAGGGCAGGGAGUCAAGCCUUGGGCAGGGGAGGUUGGUGGUGGUGGUAGGGGUCUGUAUAUCCUCCAUCCAGAGGGCCAGGUUCCAAGACGAGAUCCAUCUAAGGGCCCCAGCCAAGUUCCAAUCUACCCUAACACACUCUCCCUGGAUCAUAGUCACCAUCUGACACAUUUGGGUGACAAUGACCCCCACAAGAUUAGGAUGUUCCGAAAUAGCUCGGACCCCUCCUGGCCCGGUGUGGGGUGCUACACCUCGUUGACGGAUGAGCUGGAUGAGGGGGUGGGGGGCACAACUGAGUACCUGUGUGACACAGGGGAUGAGGAGAGCGUCCUGUCUGCGGAUAUUCCAACUAGUACAACUAGCCUGUCCUCGGCAGACACGAAGGAUGAUAGGAGCGCGCCGGACGCCACUACCGUAGAGAGCGGGAUCGGGAUCUCGGUGACGAAAAGCGAAGAUGAGGGACGGGAAGAAGAUGACGUGUAUCACAUCACAGACUCUAUGGUGGCGGAAGCUCUAGCGGCUCUAGAUGCGGCAACCGCCGGGGAGGACUAUGAGGACUAACUCUUUAAAAACUCUUAAAUAUUUUCUACAAGGCCUCUUACUAUUCCAAAAGCACAAUCUAACUUCGAAAUCUAUUCAGCUUCAAUAUCUGCUGCUUUUUUUACUAAAAUAUGGAUUUAUUUUUUAACAUACUGUAGAUCAUGCAUAUUUGUCUUGUGAGUCACAUGGGCAUACAGUACCAGUCAAAAGUUUAUUUAUUUUUACUAGUUUCUACAUUGUAGAAUAAUAGUGUAGACA